AUGGAAACGGUGCUUCGUAGAGGUCCAUGGGCCUUUGCAGAUCGAAUGGUGGUGUUGCAGCGGUGGACUCCAUACAUGAUGGCGGGUCUACUCGAUUUCAUCCCUUUCUGGGUUCAGAUUCGCGGAAUUCCUCUGCAAUUCAUGAAUCAGGAUGUUAUCGCCCACAUUGGGAGAGCAAUGGGGUUACUCAUGGACGUGGAUUACAAUGCUGAAGCGAUUGCAAGAGUGCAGUAUGCCCGUGUGCGACUGAAUUUGGAUGUAACGCAGCCUUUGCGUUUUCAGAAAAAUUUCCAGUUCACUCACGGCUACAACACUCUUCUGCGUUUUAGAUAUGAAAGGCUGAGAGGGUUUUGUGAGGUCUGCGGUAUGCUCACUCAUGAUUCCGGAGCAUGUUUGAUUCAGAAUGGAGGUCCUGCGAAUCACUCUGAUGGUGAUGACAAUGAUGAGGAUACUGACAGUGAAGAGGAGCAUGAAGAUAGAGACUUACCAAAUGGAGAUCUUCCAGAAGGAAAUCAUCACCGCAAUGUGGCAGUGGAGGCUAAUGGAAAUCCAAGACAGGCGGGAGGGGUCAUAAUAGAGGAAAUCCAGGAGGAUGUUGAAGCAUUCGAAGAUGAGGAGAGUGAAGCGGAAGGAACAGUACACAGUGAGGAGAUGGAGGAAACUGAGGCGAGAGAUGCAAAGGAAGAGGAGUUGAGGAAUGCAAUUGUUCCAACCAAAGAGAGUCUCAAAAAGAAGUUUGAGGAUGAUCCAAGCGAGGUUAUGCGCUUUCAGAACAUGGAGGGAGGUCAAGAAAGCGGCUGCAACAAGAAGUUAGCAGCUGGAACGGAACGUGUGAGUGGCGAGGUGGGCCCUGAACCACCACAGGCGCCAUGA